GCCAGGCUCAGCUGACCCGUGAGGAUGCCUCCGCAGCAAGGGGAAGGACAGGGGUGCGCUGACUCCGAGGUGGAUGUGCCCUCCUCGCGUCUGUUCACCUGGGAAGAGAUCCGCCUUCGCAAUGGCCAAGAAGAUCCCUCUCGGGAACGGUGGCUGGCGAUUGACAGGAAGGUCUACGACAUCACUCGCUUCCAUAAGAGGCACCCGGGGGGUUCCAGGGUCAUUUGCGGCUAUGCGGGCCAGGAUGCCACGGAUCCUUUCAUAGCAUUUCACAUUGAUAAAACUCUAGUAAAGAAGCAUAUGAAACAACUAAUGAUUGGGGAACUGGCACCUGAUCAGCCCAGCUUUGAGCCCAGCAAAAAUAAAUUAUUAGUAGAGGACUUCCGAGAACUUCGGUCCACUGUUGAGAAGAUGGGACUCUUGAAACCAAACCCUCUCUACUUCCUUGUAAUUCUUCUCCACAUCUUAUUGCUGGAUGCUGCAGGAUGGUUUGUCCUGUGGUACUUUGGGACAUCUGUAACUACUUUCAUUAUUGCUACAACUCUGCUGCUGAUUUCUCAGUCCCAAUCAGGUUGGCUACAGCAUGACUUGGGGCAUCUUUCAGUCUUCAGCCAUCCAAAAUACAACCACCUUGUUCAUGAGUUUGUGAUGUGCCAUCUAAAGGGACUUUCAGCCAACUGGUGGUCUCUUCACCAUUCUCAACACCAUGCCAAACCCAAUUGCUUCCAAAAGGACCCAGAUCUUGAAAUGCAUCCCAGAGUUUUUUCUUUGGGAAAACCUCUUUCUGAAGAGCUGGGCAGGCAGAAGAAGAAGUACAUGCCUUACAAUCAUCAGCACAAGUACUUCUUCAUCACAAUGCCCCUGAUUGUAGUUCCAUGGUUUAAGAUGUUCUCAAUUUAUUUCGUAUUCCAACGCAAACUAUGGAGGGAGUUGGCAUGGAGUGUUACAUAUUUCAUCCGAAUUUUCAUUACCUUUGUGCCCUUAUUGGGAGUGAAUGUUGUUUUGGGACAACUUUUUCUGCUCAUUAUUCUAGAGAGUAUUCUGUUUACGUGGAUAUCUCAACUGAACCAUAUCCCUAUGCACAUUGAUUAUGAUGGAAACAUGGACUGGUUCUCUACACAGCUUCUGGCAACAUGUAAUGUGAACCAAUCAUUCUUCAAUGACUGGGUAACGGGGCAUCUGAAUUUUCAGAUUGAGCAUCACCUUUUCCCUACAAUGCCUCGACACAACUUCUGGAAGGUGGCCCCUCUGGUUAAGUCUUUCUGUGCCAAACAUGGUAUUGAAUAUAAGUCAAAGCCCCUGUUUUCUGGCUUUGCAGAUAUUAUAUAUUCUUUGAAGAAUUCAGGCGAGAUCUGGCUUGAGGCAUUUAACCAUGCCUGAGAAGUGCAUUCCAGAGCGAUGACAAUUAUGAAGAUACCACAGAUGAAACUGAAGGCCAAAAGCCUGUGGCCCUGAAAAUGGACUUAUUACUGAGUAAGCUUGCAUAGGGUUGGACUGUAAAUAUAGCAUGAUUACUGCUACUGUUCAACUUUUCUGGAACCUUUCUAAACUAUUUAUAAUUUUGUUGUAAAAUGGUGCAUGCUUUAGACAAUAAACCAUGCUAACAAAA